AGGAACCGACAGAGAGCGACUGACUCUGCUGCAGCACAGUGUUUAUCUCAGAUCACAGGAGAUUUAACUCAGAGCUGUAAUACUCACACAGCCUCUGCUCUAAAACAGCAUUUAUACUACUGAAUUUACUCCUUCUUACACCUGGAGGAGAAGAUCUGAAGAAGCUGAAGAUAUAUAUUGUAUAUAUUAUAUUUAUAUUAUAUAUAGAGAGAGAGAGCUAUAGAGAGAGGGGCUGUGAGACUCUACAGCCAUCUUUAGCUCUUUAGCUCUAAAACUCUCAGAAUUUUUUAAUAAUAAUAUUCUAUUUAUAAACAGAGAAGAAAAAGCAGGAAAAACUAAGAGAAGCUCCCUGACUGGAAGAUGUUUGAGCUUUAACCGGGUUUAAAACUGCUGGAUCUGGAGGCUCUUCAUUCACACACAGCUAGAAAAGCUAAAUCAGAUAGAUUUAGUUAGAUUUAGUGAAAAUCAGCGACUAGAAAGUUGCUGAAAACAGAAGAAAACACGGCUUUAAAGUACAGGUGACCGAGGUCUCUCUGUUGUUGGAGAACAUGGAAGCAACAAAGGCUGGUGGGGUAAUAGCCUACAUCAGCUCCUCGAGCUCAGCCUCCAGUCCGGAGUCGUGCCACAGCGACUGCUCCAACAGCAGCUACCAGUCCUCCUCCCCGCCCCGAGCCCACUCCCCGGGGCAGCGUGAGGGCCCCCAGGGGCCCGCUCAGCCCCGGCCCCAGGGCCCCGGCACGGGGAAGACCCGCUCGCCCUCCGCCAACAAGUGUGGAAUCACAAAGAUCAGUGGCCUGGUGCUGCUGUGUAAAGUGUGUGGGGACGUGGCCUCGGGAUUUCAUUACGGCGUCCACGCCUGCGAAGGCUGCAAGGGCUUCUUCCGGAGGAGCAUCCAGCAGAAUAUCCAGUAUAAAAAGUGCCUUAAGAAUGAGAACUGCCCCAUCAUGCGCAUCAACAGGAACCGAUGCCAGCAGUGCCGCUUUAAGAAGUGUCUGCUCGUCGGCAUGUCGAGAGAUGCUGUGCGUUUUGGACGAAUCCCUAAGAGGGAGAAGCAGCGCAUGCUGCUGGAGAUGCAGAGCGCCAUGAACAACAUGAUGAACACCAGCCAACUGCACAACCAGCUCCACAGCAACCACCCGCUGACCCUCAGCAACCAGAACCAACCUUCUCUGACCAAGCCUACGUCUGAGGACCCGCCAGCUACUUCCUCCUCUUCCUCUUCCUCCUCUUCCUCCUCCAUCUCUCCAGACUCUUCUCCCCGGAGCAGCCAAUCCGAGUCCAGCACUGAUCCCGAGGCUCCCGAGGUGGCGAUGGACACCAGUUCCAACUCGGACUCCUCCAGCUCCACAGACAGCGGGGAGGAGGAGGUGGUGGGUUCGGUCACCAGGGCGCAUCAGGAGAACUUCAUGUAUAAUCAGGAGCACGGUGAUGCCCCGCGCUCGCCCACCGUCGCCGAGCAAAUCAGCAGCGACAGCCGGCGCAUGGAGGAGACGCAGGAGAUCUGGAACCACUGCAACAACAUCAACACGGUUUCCAGCCAACCUCUGGCCUCCGACUCCUCCUCCUCCUCACUCGCUCCUCAGGUUCCUGACCAAUCCCAGCGAGAGGAGACUUCUUCUCUGAACCGCUGCCCGGCCGCACUGACCAACAGCUCCCCCAGUGGCCACUGCCCAGUCCGACUGCCCAGCACUGCCCCCUAUGACCACUGCCCUGCCUCAGCGACUGGUCUCGCUCAGCACCGGGGGAACAACGCCAACCAAACUCCAGCCUACGGCAGCUACAGCGGUCCAGCGUGGAGCGGAGGCAACAGGAUGCACCUGGUUUGUCCCAUGAACACUUCACCGUACGUAGACCCGCGUAAAUCAGGCCACAGCAUCUGGGAGGAGUUCUCCAUGAGCUUCACUCCGGCCGUGCGGGAGGUGGUGGAGUUCGCUAAGCGUAUCCCAGGAUUCAGAGAUCUUUCCCAACACGACCAGGUCAGCCUGCUGAAGGCCGGCACUUUCGAGGUGCUGGUGGUGCGUUUCGCGUCGCUGUUUGAUGUGAAGGAGCGCACCGUGACGUUUCUGAGUGGGCAGAAGUACAGUGUGGAGGCUCUGCGCUCGAUGGGUUCUGGUGAUCUGCUGAACUCCAUGUUCGACUUCAGUGAGAAGCUGAGAGCUCUGAACCUCAGUGAGGAGGAGAUGAGCCUCUUCACUGCGGUGGUGCUCGUCUCUGCAGAUCGCUCGGGUCUGGAGAACGUGAACUCGGUGGAAGCUCUUCAGGACACGCUGAUCUGUGCCCUGCGCAGCCUCAUCACCAAGAACCACCCCAACGAGAUCGCCAUCUUCACCAAGCUGCUGCUGAAGCUGCCCGACCUGCGCUCCCUCAACAACAUGCACUCAGAGCAGCUGCUGGCCUUCAAGGUUCACCCAUGAGCUCCUCAGAUAAACCUUUUCCUUCCUCGUAACUGUGGACCAUGCUCCCCCCCCCCCCCAUCACCUCCAGAAGCUCCAGAAGCUCC